AUGCGUAGCGCUCUCCUGUGCGCCUUGGCGCUCCUCCUCGUGCCCGCCGCACGCGCGUUCUGGAUCAUCGGCCACCAGCCGCUGGUGACGCAGCGCUUCGACGCCAUCGUGUCGCCGGGCGGCAUCUCGGGGCAUGCGCAUGCCUUCGUCGGCUCGGGCGCCAUCGACGGCAGCUCCACGCGCAAGAGUCUGCGUGGGGCGCACGCCAAGGGCGCAUGCACCACGACGGGCCUGCGGGCUGACUCGAGCUCAUACUGGGCGCCACAGCUGUAUCGCUACUACAGAAAUGGCACCUUUGCUUCGGUGCCACUCGCAUUCGCCAACACAUACUAUCUCCCCCGCGAUGGGCCGACGCAGAAGAAGAUCGUUGCCUUUCCGCCUGGUCUGCGCAUGAUUGGCGGCAACGCCAUGGCUACGGCGCACGAGACGCAGUUCCCGGCGGGUGCACACCCUUACUCUUGGGUCUGCCUGCAGACCUCCGGCCCCUCGCCGCAGACCGACGAGAUUCCGCACGGCCCUUGUCCGGCGGGUCUGCGCGCACAGAUCAUCUUCCCGUCGUGCUGGGACGGCAAGAACCUCGACUCGCCCGACCACACCAGCCACAUGUCGUACCCGAUCGGCAGGCCCGACGGCGGCGACUGCCCGGCGACGCACCCGGUCAAGGUGCCCGUGCUGUUUUACGAAUGGGUCUUCGCUGUCGGCUCUGGCGCCGGCAAUGGCCGCUGGGUGCUGUCGAACGGAGACUCGGUCGGCUACUCCUUCCACGGCGACUUCCUCGAGGCAUGGGACACGCGUGUGCUGCAGGCGGCCAUCGAUCAGUGCACGGGUAACCUGUUCGGAGCACUCGAGAAGUGUCCACCGUUCGUUGAGUCGGGCCUCGAUCGCGAGGCAGCGUCGCGCUGCACGGCGCCCAACCUCGUCCACGAGCGGGCCGUCGGCUUCAACCUCAAGGCGCUGCCCGGCUGCAACGUGAUCAAGAACGGCGUGCACACGGGCAAGGGCCAGCCGAGUGCGCAGUGCACAACGCCGCCGAGCUUCACGACUCGCAAGCAGGACGUGGCGAACCGCAAGGCGCAGAGCCGCGGCAAGGGUGUGCGGACACGCAUGGUGCACUUGAGGACCGAAUGA